AUGCUCCAAGUGUACAAGGACGUUGAGCUCGCCAUUCCCGAGGGAAUCGAGGUCAAGCUUCACGCCCGCAAGGCCACCAUCAAGGGGCCCCGUGGUGAGCUGACCAAGCACGUCAAGCACAUGAACAUGGACGUGCGCCUGAUCAAGUCGCCCCAGGGUGACAAGAUCAAGUUCAUCGUCUGGCACGGUGGUCGCAAGCACCUUGCCUGCCUCCGUACCGCCAAGGCCGUCUUCGCCAACAUGAUCAAGGGUGUCACCCUCGGCUUCCAGUACAAGUGCCGCGCCGUCUACGCCCAUUUCCCCAUCAACAUGAUCGUCGCCGGCGACAAGCAGUCUCUGGAGAUCCGCAACUUCUUGGGCGAGAAGAGGGUUCGCCACGUCACCAUGAGGAAGGGUGUUACCGUCCGCGAUGACCCGAGCCAGAAGGACCAGGUCCUCGUCGAGGGCAACGACAUCGAGGAGGUUUCGCAGUCGGCGGCGGACAUUCACGGCCAGUGCCUCGUCAAGAACAAGGAUAUCCGAAAGUUCCUUGACGGUAUCUACCCGGCUGAGAAGACGACGAUCGAGAAGGUCGAGGAGUAA